UUAUGCUUAAAAAAUUUUUGAAUUCUUUCAGGUAAGAGAAAGUAAAAUGGAAUGGGAAAAUCAAACCAUUCUAGUGGAAUUCUUUUUGAAGGGGCUUUCCGGUUACCCAAGGCUUGAGCUACUCUUUUUUGUGCUAAAUUUAAUAAUGUAUGUUGUCAUCCUUCUGGGCAAUGGCACCCUUAUUUUAAUCAGCAUCUUGGACUCCCAGCUUCAUACCCCUAUGUACUUCUUCCUUGGGAACCUCUCCUUUCUGGACAUCUGCUACACCACCACCUCCAUUCCCUCCACGCUGGUGAGCUUCCUCUCAGAGAAAAAGACCAUCUCCUUCUCUGGCUGUGCAGUACAGAUGUUCCUUGGCUUGGCCAUGGGGACAACAGAGUGUGUGCUCCUGGGCAUGAUGGCCUUUGACCGGUAUGUGGCUAUCUGCAACCCCCUAAGAUAUCCUGUUAUCAUGAACAAGGAUUCCUUUGUGCCUAUGGCAGCUGUGUCCUGGUUUGCCGGGGUUAUCAACUCCGCAGUACAAACUGCAUUUGUGGUACAAUUGCCUUUCUGUAGGAAUAAUGUCAUCAAUCAUUUCUCCUGUGAAAUUCUGGCUGUCAUGAAAUUGGCCUGUGCUGACAUCUCAGGCAAUGAGUUCAUCAUGCUUGUGGCCACAACAUUGUUCACCUUGAUGCCCCUGCUUUUGAUUGUCAUCUCUUACUCAUUAAUCAUCUCUAGCAUCCUCAAGAUCCGUACUUCUGAGGGGAGAAGCAAAGUCUUCUCCACCUGCUCAGCCCACCUGACUGUGGUGAUAAUAUUCUAUGGAACCAUUCUCUUCAUGUACAUGAAGCCCAAGUCUAAAGAGACACUUCAUUCAGAUGACUUGGAUGCUACUGACAAACUUAUAUCUAUGUUCUAUGGGGUUACGACUCCUAUGAUGAAUCCUUUAAUCUACAGUCUCAGAAACAAGGAUGUGAAGGAGGCAAUAAAACAUCUAUUUAACAGAAGGUUCUUUAGCAAGUGA